GCACGCACGUAUUCUCUCGCUCUGUAUUAUUGCUCUGAAACCAGCCACCAUGGGGAGUUAAGGGCAAGACGACGGGUUAUUUUCGUUAAUAUUUAAUACAAGAAAGCUAUCCAUAUGCUGCGUUUUGGAGCACACAGUUCUCGCCAGUAUCCCCAAUGCAGCGGAUUACGGGGAACGGGCUUCCAGAGACGGGUGAAUUGUUUGUCUGCAAAAUCAUUGCUAGAGGGGAAAGUCUGACCUCUGCCUUGAGCAAUCAGAGACAUGAGUGUUGUCAGAGAAUUACAUGGGAUUGGGUACAGGGGUGGCGGCGGCGGCGGGGUUGUGGCCUCUCUGAGCGGCCCUGCCCACUUCACAGAGGAUGCUCCGCGACCCCCAGUUCCUGGUGAGGAGGGAUCUGAUGUGGACCCCCCGGUCCAGUCAGCCAGCACCCGUCCAAACACCCUUUCCCAAACCCUUGGCUUUCCCCUGUCAUCGUCGUCCUCUAAAAUGGGAGAUCCAUCGAGUUACACGCCCUCCUCGUCGUCUGCGACUCCGCGUCGCCCGGACCUGGACUUGGGGUAUGAACCCGAGGGCUCGGCUUCGCCAACUCCACCUUACCUGAAGUGGGCUGAGUCACUUCACUCUCUCCUAGACGACCAGGACGGUAUCCAGCUGUUUCGAAAUUUCCUGUGCCAGGAAGGGUGUGCGGACCUUCUCGAUUUCUGGUUUGCCUGCUCGGGGUUUAGGAAGACCAGCCAGGAGAAGAGAGGAAAACUGGCCAAGGCCAUCUACAGGAAGUACAUCGUAGACGGAAGCGGGAUUGUCUCUAGGCAGAUCAAACCAGCCACCAAGAGCUUCAUCCGAGACUGCGUGGGGAGGCCGCAUCCGGACCCCGCCAUGUUUGAACAGGCCCAGACAGAGAUCCAGGCCAUGAUGGAGGAGAACACCUACCCUUUGUUCCUCAAGUCGGAUCUGUACCUGGAGUUCACACGGACAGGAGGAGAGAGCCCGAAGCCUAACCCCAGUGAUCAGAGUCCUUCAUCGGGUCCAGCCAAGCCUGUGCCGGGGUACUUACCCACGCUCGCUGAGGAUGAGGAGUGGAGGUGUGGAGGAGGACCGAGGGAAGUGGAGGAAGAGAAAGAUGAGGAGGAGUGUGGAGACACACCAGCUGGUCGGCUGACUCACAGCCUGCUGAUGCAAACGGCGCCGCAGAGAGCUACAACCAGCCGGAGGAGGCAGGACAGCAGGGAGUACAGACCUUGGAGAGAGCCGGUAAACCCGUACUACGCUAACAUGGGCUACGCUCGCGCUCCAGCGACCAGCGCCAACGACAGCGAGCAACAGAGCAUGUCGAGUGAUGCAGACACACUAUCGCUGACCGACAGCAGUGUAGAUGGUAUUCCUCCAUACAGAUAUCGGAAGCAGCAUCGCAAAGAGAUGCAUGAAAGUGCCAAAGCUAAUGGACGUGUGCCCCUACCUCAUAUACCUCGCACGUACCGCAUGCCAAAGGACAUCCACGUAGAGCCUGAGAGGUUUGCAGCAGAGCUGAUCAGCAGGCUGGAGACGGUUCUCAGAGAGCGAGAGGCUCAGGAAAGACUCGAAGAAAGGCUGAAGAGAGUACGACUGGAAGAAGAGGGGGACGAUGCUGACAUCUCCGUGACAACCUCCAUGUCUUCUCAUAGCAUACCACUCCCCCUCCCCUCAUCGUUUCCACCUCUCUACGGCGCCCGUUAUUCAGAGACCACUGCUAACUCGGCGACAGUCGCCACUUACGGCGGCCUGGUUGCCAUGGAGGAUUCCCAUGACGACGACCCGGAAUCUAUUUUGGAUGAGCAUGUACAGCGCGUGAUGAAGACGCCGGGCUGCCAGUCGCCAGGGGCAACCAACAGCACCUUAGGAGGAGGAGGGGGUCGACACACUCCUCCCAAAUCGUCACGCUCGCCCGACGGGGGGAUCGGCCCGCCGCACUACCCCCCGCACCGAGGGGGAGGUCACAGUCUGCCUGCUGCCGGGGUUAAAGGUAUGCAUCACCACAAGCAACUGUAUCACCACCGAGGAAGAGAAGGGCAGGAGGAGGCGGGCUCCAGGUCUCAGGCCAACUUCCUUUGGAACGGAGACCCAGCCAACCAGUACGCAGGGAGAAGUCGAAACUACGCCGACGGGGCUGGAGCCAGCACACUCGAGGGGAUGGGCUACAGCAGUAAAGGAAGCACGCUAUCACGGCGAGGUUGCAAGAAGACGUCGGAGACAUCAGGCAAAGGUGAUGAGAGCGGGCGUGGAAUGGAGACCCAGGUACCGCUGGAGGAUCUGGAGAGAAACCAGAAGAUCCUGCAGUGGAUGAUGGAAGGAGACAGACAGAGGAAGAGCUCACACGGCGGCAGCACAAGCAGCUCCAGGAGGACGGGAGCCAGCAGCGAGUCGCCACGUCCAACCUCAGUGGAGCGACCUGGGGCAGUGCACCCCUGGGUGUCCGCCCAGCUGCGUAACAACCCCUCAUCAUCGGUGUCCCCCGCCAUCCCCUGCUCAUCGUCCGCCCAGGUCCAGCCCUCUCACCCUUUCAUCCAGGACCCAGCCAUGCCCCCCAACCCGGCUCCAAACCCCCUCACCCAGCUGGAGGAGGCUAGGAGGAGGCUGGAGGAGGAGAGGAGGAGGAACGCACUACAGCAGGCCAAGCAGAGGCAUAAGUCCGGUAAGCGCCAAGUAUGUGAGAACAUGACGGUCGCUUACUACUUUUGUGGAGAGCCGAUCCCAUACCGAACAUCAGUCAAAGGCCGUGUGGUGACUUUGGGCCAGUUCAAGGAGCUGCUUACCAAAAAGGGCCACUACAGGUUCUACUUUAAGAAAGUGAGCGACGAGUUCGACUGCGGCGUAGUGUUCGAGGAGGUCCGCGACGACGACGCCAUCUUGCCCAUCUUCGAGGAGAAGAUCAUCGGGAAAGUGGAGAAGGUCGACUGAAAUUCGGGAACAGGAAGACGAAACGGAGUUGCAAAAAAGUUCAUUUGAAAAGAGGAGAUACAUUCGGGUCGGAGAAGAAGAAGAAAUUCAGCUGUGUGGGGGGAAAAACGAACGAGAGAAAGUAGAAAGAAGGAAGGAGCAAUGUGUGACAGAAGGUAGAUCGCGCUGCAUGGUAGAAGCUCGAGUAUUAAGGAGGUGGUUGUUUUUUUUUUAGUGGAAUAUCUGGAAAUCUGCGUCAAAGCCUGGAUCAAACCCUACAUAAAAGCGAAGAAGCUUGGCCAGAUGACACGGGAGAGCGGAGGAAAGGAACAUAAAUUAUUUCACCUGUCUUGUCUCCACUGUGGAUAUCCGAGGAGGGCUGUUUUAAAAAAAUAAAAAAAAAUAAAUAAAAAAAAAAUCUGAUGUCUGACCAGUCUUCCACUUCCACCGCGAUGGAUGGAAAAGGGUGAGGGACUGCUGGAAGGAGAGAGGAUAAGUAGUCUUCCACUUCUGCUCUGGAGGAGCCUGUCCUCCGCAGACCAUUACGAUGCUGCUACAUUACCACGGAAACUCUUCAAUCGGUGCUCGGGACAGUAAAGAAAGCGGAUUUGUUCCAUUCAGGAGUCUCGCUGCCUUUCGCUGUCUCUGUUCCUCAUCAGCUGGUGACAAGGGGAGAGGACGGAGGAUUUAGGGAAGUGGAACUAUUAGCCUGCUUCUCCUCUCGUUGACUUCAUAGCCUCAAAAGAGAAACGUGCUCACCCUUGAUUCCUAGAUGUCAUGUAGUGAUCUCUCACAUAAACAUGUCCAGACAACAGUUCUCUACAUAACUUGUUUACCAAAGCUACAUAUUUUU